AUGUUUCUACAUGUACGCCUGCACGACGAGCAUGUCCCCUCCACAGCCACAGCAUGGGCCGACGGGAACGAGAAACUGCAGACCGAGUGGAGCGCGUAUAUGAGGAACGCAUACGCGGGGAGGAAACCGCCUUCAAUUGAGAGUUAUACUGUGGGGAAGUUGGAGGAGAGGGCGAGGGAGGCUACGGAGGGGUCAUGUUCGGCGUACAUGUACACGUUCGGCAGCACGGGGUCAAGCUCGACGAAUAAAGCGAAUUUGAAGGCGUUGCAGCAGUGGAAGAUUAUUCCGAGGAUGUUGAGGGACGCGUCGACUCGGAGUCUUGAGACCACCCUCUUCGACAAGACCUACAAAUCGCCGGUCCUCAUCGCGCCCGUGGGCGUCCAAGGCAUCCUCUAUAAAGACGGUGAAUUGGCCACUGCGCGCGCGACUGCGAAGGUCGGCGUGCCGUUCAUCAUGAGCACUGCGAGCACAAGGCCGCCGGAGGAGGUCGCGGAGGCAAAUGGAGUGGACGGGGCGAGGCCUCAGACCGACGAAAUAACUCUCACGCUACUCUCCUGCGUCAAGAAAGCGGGAUUCACGACGCUCGUGGUCGGGACGUCGGACCCUGUGUUCAUGAAGAAGAUGGGGCUGGAGGCGAGGACGGGGGAGAGUGCGCCUUACGCGUUCCCGUUCGAACCGGAAGCGAUGGACAAGAAACGGGCAGAAGGCGACCCCGCCGCGAUCGAAGGCACCAAGCUCGGCAUGGCCUGGCUCGCGGAGACGAACUCGGGUAUGUUCAAGACGUGGGGGAUGCUCAAGUUCCUCCGCGAUAAUUGGGAGGGCCCGAUCGUGUUGAAGGGGAUACAGAGCGUGGAGGACGCGUUGUUGGCGAUGGAGAAUGGGAUGGAUGGGAUUGUCGUUAGCAAUCAUGGCGGAAGACAAGUCGACGGCGCUAUCCCCUCCUUCCUCGCCCUCGAAGAGAUCACGGCGAACAAAGAGGUUCGCGACGCGCAGGAAAGUGGAAAGUUCACCGUGUUGUUCGAUAGUGGGAUCCGGACGGGUUCGGACGUGUUGAAGGCGAUAGCGAUGGGGGCGCAAGGAGUUUUAUUGGCCCGCCCGUUCAUGUACGGUCUCGCGAUCGACAGCGAACAAGGCGUGGAAGAAGUGUUGAGAGGACUUCUGGCGGACACGGAGAUCACGAUGGGUCUGAGUGGGUACAGUAAUUUGAAGGAGAUAUGGGCGAGGAAGGAGCGAUUUAUGAGAAAGGUGGAUGCGAGGAGGCUGUGA